AUGAAGUGUUGUGUUGUGUUGAAGGUGUGUGAAGGUCUGCGGAGGCGUCUAGAGGAGUGUGAGGAGGAGAGCGACUGUGACAGCAGGAGAACACAAGAGGAGGCAGAACCUGCUAAAGGAGCCGAGCGGCAUCAGUCGGCGGUGAACAGCGACGUGGCGGCGUUUGCGCUGAAGGCGAGGGUGGUGUAUCCCAUCAACCAGAGAUACAGACCGCUAGCAGACGGAGCCUCCAACCCUUCCCUGCACGAGCCACCCAAGUGCCAGGCCCCGCCCAGCCAGGACUCCGCCUCCUCGCUGGGUGAUGAUUGGCUGAGCCAAAACAGGGACGAUGAUGAUGAAAGUAGUCAGUUCGUCCCCUGCGGCCCCUCGUCUAAAACACACACCAGUCACGUGUUCAGGAGAGUCCGGCACUACCCACAAACCCUGUGUCACUCACGGGUGAGUUUGCUGUGUUUGACACUACAGGAACUACAGCUGCACACGUCACAACUACAGCAGCAGAAGUACAGGAUGUUUCUGCAGGUUCUGCGAGUGUUGUUGGGCCACAGAGAGCAUGCAGACGUGAUUCACCAGCAGCAGCAGCAGGAGGUGGAGCUGCUGAUGAGGGGCGUGUCUGUGGACGAGGGGGCGGAGACUGACACGGUCAUGUGCUCUAUAGAGGAGGUGGAGAAAACAGGACGGGAGCAGCUGGAGCGCUCACUGCAGAUGGCUUUGAGUUUUGCGAAGCAGCUGGAGCAGCUCGGGCAGACUCUUCACCGCACGUUUUCCAGUGACGUCUCAGAGGAAGUGAUGCGUAGCGUGAUCGGGUGCCUGCGACCGAUGGAGGACAUUGUGGCUGAGGUUCAGGUGUCCAUUCUGAAGAUGCUGUUGGACCGGUUUGAGUGCUGGCAGGAAGUGUCCGAUGCCCUGAGAGAGAAGACUGCGCUCCUGAAACAGGAGGCGGAGCUUAUGCUGAAAGUCACUGGCCAAUCAGUGCAGGAGCUGAGAGAUGAUGGACGGCUGGAGAAACAGACUCUCAGUGAUGUGGAGACCGCAGUUAAUGAAGCACUGGAGCAGAGCGCUGACGAGAUCAGACGUCAGACAGAAGAGCUCGCCCUGGAUCGCUGUCAGAAGGCCUGUUUGAAGAGGAGGAGGAUGAUGAAGGCUCAGAGCUCUGAGUGGAGUCCUGUGUCAGACACGCAGACGGAUGCUCGUCUCAUGAUGAAGGUGUUUGCGGAGCUGCAGGUGAGACACUGGCAUCAGAGGCGAGACUUUGAGCUGCAGCAGGACACAAGAACCAGUGACGCUCUGUGUGAACGCUGGACGAGCUUGUGUAGUAAGUGCAGCAGACACGUCGCUGAUUUGUGCUCAGAGUUUGUCCUGAGUAGCGUCACUGCAGGCUCCGCCCCCUCCACAGACCAUGGCCAAUCAGUGCUGCAGAGCAUGAAGCUCACCGUGACCAAUCAGAUGCAGCGAGAGGAAAGUCACGCCCACACACACCUGCACACGCUCAGAGAGCAGCUGCAGCGACGCAGACAGGUGUGGAUGGAGGACGAGGCUUUGACUCGCGCAUGUCUGGAUCACUUUGGAGAACAGCAGCGCGAGGUCGUCACGGCGACGGUUUCCAGGUGUUCGGAUAUGCAGAUGAGUUGUGCUCUAAUUGAAGAGCAGCAGCAUCUUUUGAUUCUGGAGUUUCAGAGAAUUUUAGCAGCUCGAUGUUUUUACCUGCGAUCUGUGAGAGAGAUGAAACUGAAUCAGCUGAUGGAUGCACAGGACUCUUGUGUUGCCAUGGAAACGGUCUCAUCUGACGCGACUGUGAUUGGUCAGAAUCUCCUGCACGAGCAGCUGUCGGAGCUGGAAUCCGCUGCUGAUGUGCUGCAGGGACACGCCCACUUCCUGUUUGGCCACGCCCUCGCCCGUGGGGCGCGCCUGCAGAUGGGCGGAGCUUCUGCUAGAGACAGACGGGUGAAGGAGCGGCUGAUCGACGCCGUGUGUGAAAGCGUCUAUGUGACACGUGAUUCUGUUUCGUCUCUCGUCCGGGAAUAUUACUCUCGGAUCCGGGACACGAGCCUCAGGCCACACAGCAGCGCCGCUGUUCAAAGUCAAAGGAGACUGUGAUGGAGGAAAACAACCUCAACAGAAACCAG